GUUUUUUUGGGACAUGAAUGGAGAUGCUCUAACUCUUGGUGAAGAAGCAACAAAGUAACAUGUUAUCAAUCCAAAAAGUCAAAAGGUUGCACCCUGAUUGAUCGGGGAACAAAACGCUGGACGGUAAAAAUUCCACGGCGAAGUCAAGAUAGAUCGCUGGUGGUGAUGGAAGCAAUUUCUCCAAAAACCUCAUCCUUUUUCAUCUUCUCGUCCCUUCAAUCCCCAAAAAUCUAAACCCAUUUUUUAAUCCAAACCCCCUUCUUCGAUCUCUUUCUCUCUCCUCCAUAAUCUAAUGCUCCCCAAAAUCUUCAAAAUUCCCACUUUAUAUUUAUAUUUAUCAUCAUCAUCAUCAUCAUCAUUAUCAACAUGAUGAGAAUGAAGAUGAAGCUUUGGUUUGUUCAUAUAGUGUGGUUUAUUUCUUUCUUCUUCAUCUCCAUUUUCAGACCCACAAUUUCUGAGGGUUUGCCCCCUCCUUCUUCCUUCUCAUUGGCUAAGAGACCUUCUCAUCUUUCUUCUUCUUCUGUUCCUGCUAAUAGACAUGAAACUGUGCUUGUGGCUACUUUGGAUGGCACUUUAUCUUUAGUGGAGAUCAAUUCCUUGAAGAUCCUGUGGUCAAUUAAUACAGGUUCUCCAAUUUAUUCGUCCUAUCAAGCAUCACAAAAUCUUGAUCUUAAUUUAGAUAAUGCUUCUGGGCUCAGAGACGAUACCUAUAUAGAUUGCGGAGAUGACUGGAUUUUGUACAGACAUGACCGAGCUAAAGGAAUAAUGGAGAGGCUCAAGAGUGCCAAAGAUUUAAUUAAGGAGACAAAAGGACUGUCCAAGAAUGGAACAGCUGUAAUAGGUCAAAUGGCCACUACAGUAUAUGUAGUGGAUGCAAAGACUGGAACAAUAAUUCGUACUGUGAAAUUUUCUGAUGCUUCUGGUCUGGGAUUUGAGGAUGGAGAAAAUUCUAUUGUAAUUAGAGAUGAGAGUAAAGAGCAGAUUUCCAUCACAAGGACAGAUUAUUCAUUUUUAGCCUACUCAAAACUAUCUGGCAAGGUUUUAUGGAAUGUCUCAUUAGCAGAAUUCGAGACUGAGUCUUUCUGUCCGAAGGUGGAUAGCUCCAUUGUGGAUAAAUUGCAGGAUCAACUGAGCUCUGUUUAUAAAGGUAGAUCUGAAACAUGUGAACCUUGUCUAAGACGUACUAUUGUGUACCGGAUCCGAGAUCGUGGAUAUUCAGAGUUGGUUACUGGGACUGAAUUAGUUAAUGACAUGCCGAGAUCACUGGCAGGGAAUAGAAAGCUUCCGCUGCCCAGUCCUAACUUGCACUUUCCAGUGCAAACUGGUGAAAUACCUGGUGCUCAUUAUGAUUUGAAUCAGGUGCUGGCUUUGCCAUCUCCUGAGAGCCCAAGUUCUUUUCCCUACUCUGAGGUGCUGGCUUUGCCACCUUCUGCUCACAACAGCGGAUCAACUGUAUAUCCUGAAUCCUCUUUCUGGUCACCAAUUCUAUUUGGGUUUUUAGUUUUAAUUUCGGUGGGCUAUGCUGUCUAUCGUAGUGUUUUUGUCAAAGAAUAUAAGAAGCAUGAAGAUUUGAAGCGAAAACCUACAGUAUCAAAGAAAAAGAAAUCUAGAAAACCAGGAAGCAGCAAGAACAACACGAUUGAAAAUGAUACAAAGGCAAGAAUCUACAAAUCAGAUGAUGGCCUUCUGGCUGGAUUUCCACAUAUUGAAGGGCUUGAGAAGAAGUCAGAGUCAUUUUUUUCUGGUGUAACUGAUGGACGUAAGAUUGGUAAAUUAUGUGUUUCAAGUUAUGAGAUUGCAAAGGGAAGCAAUGGAACGGUUGUUCUUAAGGGUACAUACGAGGGUCGUCCUGUAGCUGUUAAACGCCUUGUGCGAACUCAUCAUGAUGUGGCGCUGAAAGAAAUUCAGAAUCUUAUGGCUUCUGAUCAGCAUCCUAAUAUUGUCAGAUUUUUUGGAGUGGAAUUUGAUUCAGACUUUGUUUAUUUGUCUCUGGAACGCUGCCUAUGUAGUUUGAGUGAUUUGAUAUACAUUUAUUCUAAAUCUUCACAAGGAGAAACAAGUACUGGGGGUGGAGAUUCUAGUUUUGCACAAUUGUUGGGAAACAUGGAGACCAAUGAUGACUUCAACUUGUGGAAGCCUAAUGGAUACCCUUCACCUCAGUUAUUAAAAGUGAUGAGGGAUGUUGUAUCAGGGGUUGCACACCUUCAUGAACUCGGCUUUAUACAUCGAGAUCUGAAGCCUCAGAAUGUUUUGAUAAUCAAGGAGAAAGUUUUUUGUGCCAAACUUUCAGAUAUGGGCAUCAGCAAGCGCCUUGCUGGAGACAUGUCUUCCUUAACGCAGCAUGCUACUGGAGGUGGGAGUUCAGGUUGGCGAGCACCUGAGCAAAUUCUUCAGGGUCGGCAGACGCGUGCAGUGGAUCUGUUCAGUUUAGGUUGUGUUCUCUUUUUUUGUAUGACUGGAGGUAAACAUCCGUUUGGUGACAUUUUCGAGCGGGAUGUCAAUAUUGUAAAGAAUCAAAAGGACCUAUUUUUAGUCGAGCAUGUUCCAGAAGCUGUGGAUCUUAUUACCAAUCUCUUAGAUCCCAAUCCAGAAUUGAGGCUAAAACCCAUGGACAUAUUGCAUCACCCGUUAUUUUGGAAUUCUGAGAAGCGGCUCUCAUUUCUUCGAGAUGCCAGUGAUCGGGUAGAAUUAGAAGACAGAGUAAUCGACUCUGAGCUACUGAAAGCGCUAGAAGCCACCGCAGAAGUGGCUGUGGGUGGAAAAUGGAAUGAGAAGCUCCCGAGUUCAUUUCUCGACAACCUCAAGCAAUACAGACGAUACAAUUAUGACAGUGUUCGUGGCCUGCUUCGUGUUGUACGUAACAAGUUAAAUCACUACAGGGAGCUCCCAACUGAGUUUAGGGAAGUAUUAGGGCCAGUUCCUGAAGGAUUCGAUGACUAUUUUACAUCUCGAUUCCCGAGGCUUCUGAUCGAGGUUUACAAAGUGAUUUACGAAUACUGCCGUGAGGAGGAGCCGCUCGGCAAGUAUUUCAAAAGCAGUCUGUUGUAAAAUGGCCAUAGUUUACCAGUCUUAACUGAAAACCUUCAUGUACAGUAUCUCUCUGUCUCGCCUUUUUGUUUGUACGUGUGUACUCAAUAGUCAAUAGUGUGUGUAGUUUGUACCAUACAUGAUUGAUAUACCCCUCUCUCCCUGUGGAUCAGCCACCUUGUGUUGCUGUGUAAAUGUAUUGUUGUAACACUGAUUGAUCAGAAGCAUAUUUACCAAGAUCACUUGAUUCCUUUAAUAUUUAAAAUACAAAUAAGCUUCUUCUGUAUCAAA